CAAGAGGAGACCAACUGGCCGGGAGGGUGACAGGAGCCCCCUGUGCCCCAUAAGGGCAUCGAGGAAGGAAACAUCCUGAGCCAAAUACACUGUUUUUGUCUCAUGAGAAGACCAGACUGGCUGCUCCCUGGAGGGAUGGGAGAAUGACAGGCAGUUCUCCAGUGGGACAGGAGGAUGGACGGGCAGGGAGACAGGGAAGUGGACAGGAUCAUCCUCUGUGGUAUGGGAGAGGAAAGCCUGCUCCAUGGUGGCAUGGAGGAGUGUUAGUGCUGCCCAUUUUCAGGAUGGCAGAGCAGAGUGGCUGAUCCCAUGAGGAACCACACAACAGACAGGUGAAUGGAUGGUCUGCUCCAAGCAGAACAGCAGAGUGAACAUGCUGCUCCUGGCAGGAUGAGAAGGAGAAGGAAAGAAAAGGAAAAAAAUGGGGAAAAUAAAAUAAAAUUGCAAAUAUCAGGUCUCAGAGCAGGAGCAUGAAAAGACCCAGGAUGGAGAAUUGUGAAUUUAUCUGUAACAAAAUGUAGGGAGAAAUUGAGAAGAAUAUUGAGAGAGAACAGGAAAAAAUCCUUAACAGAAAUCAACAAGGAAACAAUAAUUUACUGAGUAAUUUAUUCUAAGAAAAAGAAAAAAAAUCAGAUUAGAAUUUGUUUUUUAUUAUGAGUAAUUGGAUACAGGCUGCAGAAUUGCUUUGGCAGGACCUCCUGCAAUUCAUCUUUCAACAACUGUGUUGCUCAGCUUCAGAUCAAUAACAUCAGCCCUGCAGGUUGAAUAAUAAAAUAAUGAUGCACCCUGGAAGACCGUAGGCAGAGGAGCUGGUGGGAAGGUGGAGGAAUGCAUGCCAGUCCCAUCACCUACGCACAGGAGAAAUUGGCAAAUAAGAAAAAACGGAGAAAGGAGAGAGAAGCCCUUGGAGAUAAGGCACCACCAAAGCCUGUACCGAAGACAAUUGAAAAUCAGAGAGUUUAUGACGAAACAACUGUAGAUCCUAAUGAUGAAGAGGUUGCUUUUGACGAAUCUACCGAUGAGUUUGCACCAUACUUCAAUAGACAGACAGUUCCCAAGAUUCUUAUCACAACAUCAGAUAGACCUCGUGGGAGAACAGUGAGAUUCUGCGAACAGCUGUCUACUAUCAUACCUAACUCACAUGUUUACUAUCGAAGAGGACUGGCUCUGAAAAGAAUUAUCCCACAGUGCAUCUCACGAGACUUCACAGAUCUGAUUGUUAUUAAUGAAGAUCGCAAAAUACCAAAUGGACUUGUUUUAAGUCAUUUGCCUGAUGGUCCAACUGCUCAUUUUAGAAUGAGCAGUGUUCGUCUGCGUAAAGAAAUAAAGCGAAAAGGAAAGGAGCCCACAAAACAUCAACCUGAAGUGAUCCUGAAUAACUUUACAACACGACUGGGCCAUUCCAUUGGUCGCAUGUUUGCCUCUCUCUUCCCACAUGAUCCUCAAUUCAUUGGAAGACAAGUAGCUACGUUUCACAAUCAGCGAGACUAUAUCUUUUUUAGAUUUCACAGGUACAUCUUCAAGAGUGAAAAGAAAGUGGGAAUUCAAGAGCUUGGGCCACGAUUUACCUUAAAGCUGAGGUCUCUUCAAAAAGGAACCUUUGAUUCCAAAUUUGGAGAGUAUGAAUGGAUUCACAAGCACCGUGAAAUGGACACAAGUAGAAGAAAAUUCCACUUAUAAUGAUCAUCUAGUUCUACCUGAUUAAUAGGAGUGCAGAACUUUGAAUUCUUCUGUAACUAAAUUGAGUCUGGAUUUGGUCCUGUCAUCUCACAUUCAUUGUUGUUAACAUUGCUCAGUGAUGAGCAACAUUGUUUAUCUGCACAGGCAAACAGACUAGACACCUUCAAACUUUUUACAAUAGAUAUUUUGAAACACGA